AUGUCUCGGGCAGUUCGUGUGGUAGCAGUCUUGGCAGUGUGCCCCUCUCUGGCUCUUCACUAUGCGGAGUCAGCCGAAUUCCUGAGUACUCUCGGGGAUAUGACCCUCGGUGCAGGACUGUUGGAUGAUAUGGGGGGGUCAGUGGUCACCGCAGCGGCUGACAUCCCGCACAUGCUAGUUACAGGUGGAGAAUCGCUCGCCUCCCUGGCAUCCCUUAACCCAGAGAGGUGGCAACAACUAACUCCAGAACAGCAUGAACAUGCAGAAAUGUCACAUGCCUUCUUCCUCUCGCCCUUCGGCACGUCUCCGCAAGAAGCUCAAGCCCUCCCCCGCCUCGUCACCGCGUUUCUUGAGCAGCGCGCCGAAACAUCCAGCGGUAGCACAGGCAGGACCAACAAAGACAAGAACGGAAGCGGCAGUAGCGAUGACAGGGGCAACGCCAACGGCAGCCAAACUAGCAACAGCCGCAGCAGCAGUGGGAGCAGGGGAACAAGCUUUCCCCUGAGGGGCGUACCAGUCAUGGAUCAGGCACAGCUGGAGGCCCUCGCUGAAGCGAUCGCGGAGGGUGUGGCUAACAGCACCGUGUAUGGGUUUAGAGCUGGGAAUCCUUUGCUUGCUGCUGCGGCUGCCGCCAAGAACGUUAAGCUGGAAGCACCAUCGCCAGCAGCAGCAGUUGCACAGCUGUUGGACCCCCUGAAUUUUCUACAGCUGCAGCAACAGGCUGAAGGGGACUCCCAAAGACAAGAAAAGGGCGAGAAGCAGCAGGAAGAGAGCGAGGAGCAGCAGCAGGAAGAGAGCGACGAACAGCAGCAGGAAGAGAGUGAGGAGCAGCAACAGGAAGAGGGAAAGCAAGAGGAGCAGCAUGACGGGGUCGCCGAGGCUGAUGAACAGGUUGGGUUGACUGAUACUGUAGAAGAAGCCUCUGAAACAAAACAGCCCCAAGAGUCAGGUGAGCAGGGUUCUUCACCUCUUCGGUUCUGGAGUCGGACAAAUCCACUGGGAUAUCUCCAGCCGCUCGCUGAUAACUUAUACUUGCUGAAGUGGGCCGCUAUCAACCCCCUUGCUAUGCUCGAGUGGAAGGCGCUUGUCUUUGGCCAGUGCAUGGCGAUCUAUCAGAAUGAAGAACUGUGCACGAGAUUUCUCAAUGUUGGGCCUAAUGCCAUCAACCAUGGAGGAACCAACAGCCCGUGGAUCCCCAGCACCUCCCCCUAA